CGUUGUUGGUAAGUCUGGAGGAAAAUGCGUUUGAUUCUAAUGGCGUUUUUUUGAUGACAAUGAGGUGUCUUUUAAUAAACAACCAAUACUGAAUUAUUUUGCUCUUACUUACUUGCUAUUGACUUGAAGAAGAAUAAAGAGUUAUUGCUAAUAAUCAACGUGGACAUUGAGAAUUAUUAAGGUUUUUGUCGCCAUUUUUUGGUAGCUGUCAAACCUAAUCAAGAGCCAAAAGGCCUCUGUAUUUAUGUGAACCAAAAUUUUAUAAGUUUACAAUCUUCUGAAGAAAGCUAUGUGGUUUUGGGUUUGUAGGUCAGUCAGUACCAAUAUGGGCAAACUUUUGUACAUAAAGUUGGAAUAAAAUUGGACAGAAUGUAAAGAAACCAAAUUAUAAAAGUGGGACGAUGUAUCGUGCCAAAAAACCUCUUCUUUCUGACUUGAAUGAACAUCUCAUUUGUAAACUCUGUAAAGGUUAUUUUGUUGAUGCUACUACUAUCGUUGAAUGUCUGCACACAUUUUGCCGAAGUUGCAUUGUUAAGUACCUGGAAACUACUAAAUAUUGUCCAGUUUGUGAUGUUCAAGUGCAUAAGUCAAAACCUCUACUCAGCUUACGACCAGACAAGAUUAUACAGGAUAUUGUGUAUAAAUUGGUUCCAAGGCUAUAUCAAAAUGAACUGCGAAGAAGGAAAGAAUACAUCAAGAAGCAUUCAGACAUUAAAUUAUCUGCUUUGGAGGAAAGUUUUGAAUCUUCACAUGGGUUAUUUCUGACUCCAGAAGAGGAACUCAGUGUUACUCUCACCUACUAUGGCUCACUAGGAAAACCAAGGUAUCUCAGAUGCCCUUCUGCCGUUUCAGUGAUGGUGCUACAAAAAUUGAUUAGAGCUAAAUUUGGCCUAUCUGAUUCUCAUCAUGUUGAUAUACUUCAUAAUCAAGAUUGCUUGAAUCCUUCCUAUACACUAAUGGAUGUUCUAUAUAUUUACAAAUUAUCAAAACUUGAAUCUUUGGAUCUCACAUAUCGGAUUUAUGAGUAUAUGGCAAAAAAAAUGAGACUGGAUAGUAAGGAAUCUGAAAGCAAAGAAAAAAUUAAUAUUUCUCCUCAACCUACCUUGCCAAACAACAAUAACUGGAAAGAAGUGCAACUUAGAAUUAGCGAAAAUGGCGAAAUGUCCAUAACUGGAAUUCAGGAUAACCUAACAUCCCAAAGUUUCAGUAAAGAAAUGAUUGAAGUUUUGGAUACAAAGCCAAAGUCGCCUAUUAUGAAUACAACCAUAAAUUCAAUAAAGAAGAAAGAAUUACCUGAACUUAAAUUCAUUCGGAAACCUCCAAAUUCAAAAUGUAUAAAUAUUUUAAGCGAAACUAUAAUACGACCAUAUUCUGUGGAGACAAGGCUAAAUGAAUGCCUUCUUACUAACCCUGGUAAAAAAGAAAGUAUUACAACAUCAUCUAUCACUGUGCCAUCAAUAAAUUCUACAACUACUACGGUAUUUACCACAGUUAAUUCUACCAAGUGUAGUGUUGGAUCUUCUGAAAAUUUGGAAGAUCAUUCUUCCGAAGAAAAAGUUGAGAAGGAAUUUGUUAAAGAAAGAGGAAAUGAUGAAGAAGUAAGGCAAGUAAAAGAAAAGUCCAUAGACAAGGGCAUUAAGAGAAAAUUUGAUCAUGAGAAUGAGCACUCUAAUAAUGAAAUCAAUACCAACACAAAAAAAAUUGAUUCUAAAACAUUAAGCAGUAAUAUGAAUGAUGAUAAAAAUACAAUAGUACAAACUGUUGAAGUUAAAUUGAAAACAGAUUUCAAUGAGUUAGGCAGAAAGUCUGAAGGACUAAAUAAUGAAGAAAAAAUACCAGUUGAUAAAUAUGAAAUUACUGAACAAUCAACAAAGAAACAUAAUUGUGCUGAAACAGAUGAGAAAUUGAAAGUCAUAUCUGACGUGUCGCAUAAUGAAAUUCAGAAAAGCAACUUAUCACAUAGAGAAAAUCGAUCUAAUUGUACUAGUAAUCAUGUUUUAAAGGAAGUUAAAGAUGUUGAUGCUAAAACGAGUACCAAUAAAAAUUGGACAAGUCCAAAUCCACUACCACCAAAGCCUUCUACAAAAUAUCAGGGAGCCUCCCAACCAUGCUACAUGCCUAAGACAUCUUUUAAUCCAGUUUUAAACAUACCUAAGCUACUUCAAAGUACUGUGAAGAAUGAGAUGAAGACAUCCUCAAAAUCAACAUCCAAUAUAAAAAAUGAGAUUAGGAUUAGCUCCUCACUCAGUUCUAGCCCUGUCUAUAGUUCAACAAGUAAUUCUAGUUCCAUAACAAAACAAAAAUUAAGUACCAAAGUAAAAUCCAAUGCACCAAUAGGAUACAAAACCUUAAAAGAUCCACCCAAAAGUUGGAAUUCGCAAAUAUCAAAAGCAAACUUGAACAAGCCUCAACCGGAUCCAAAAUAUUCGGAUCUGAAAAAUGUACGACCUCCCAAAUUCUUCAAAAUGAGGAAUAACAUGCUAAGGUUUUUGGGUAACCCAGCGUCUGGUGUUAAACCGAUGUAUUCCGUACAUCCAAGUUCAGAGCAAGAUAAGCCUCAGGAAAAAGUUGUGGAAAAUAGAGAGAUAAAAAAACACUCAAUCGUGAAAAUCGAUCCAAAAACAUUGAAACCUAUUUCUGAAAAAGCUCCGGAAACUACAAGUCUUAGUAGUCAGGUUUCAACAACUACAGAUCUGAAAAUCAACACCAGUUCUGUAUCUAUAUUUAACCCCCUCAAACUGCAAAGUAAUUCACCGAAAUCAGAAAGGAAGUCGCCAAAAAGUCCUCAAUCGCCCAGACAUAAAUCCUCCCCGUCACCUUCGCCGCCGGUGCAUAAACGAGAUCUUAAACCUAACCUCAAUUUCACUCCUCCCAACCCCUUCAUACCUAACCUUUCUUCUCAGACCAUCAACCCCAACCAGUUUUUGUGUAAUCCCGGACCUCCAGGUUUCCCAACUUAUGACCCAAGGGUAGUGGCAGCAUACAAUAAUUUGUUCUACGGUUCUGCGAUGGGCUUCUCGCCAAAUCCGCUAUCGUACCAUUUAGGUGGACUGGAUAUAACUCAACGAGGAAAAGGAUUUGAUAUUUCCAAGAUAGUGGGCAUGCAACAGCAAGCAUCUUCGAGCAAGAGUCCCUCAUCACCACAAGGUACUUCGAAAUUGGAAGUUCCAAUUGUACCACCUCAGGUGCCUUAUCAGCCUAGGCCAAACCCUAUGAGCUCGAGAACAUCUAACGUAACGUCGACAACUAAAAGGACGCAAAAAGAUAAUUCCAAAAACGAAAAGAGCCUUCAGAAUACUGUGGAAAAACUCACUUUAAGCAGAGCUAAAGAGAUUCAUAAAGCUGCAUUGAGUAAACUAAUUUCUUCAGAUGCUAUUAAUAUUGAAAGCAGUAAAGAUAAUAAAGGAGACAAGAAACUGGGUAAUAACAAGGGGAAAGAUGAUGAAGCUCAAGGCACACAACCUGUGAAUUGUAAUGCCUUGAAAGAAAACUGGAAUGAAACCAAGACAUCACAAAAGGAAGUGAAAUUAGAAAUGAGGAAAAAAGAUAAUCUAAUUUCUGCAUGUGAAAUUAAUAAUAAAAAACAUUUGAAAGACAAUUCGAAGAGUGAAAAUCGUGAUAAUUCUAGUGAGAAAAACGAUACUGAAUCAGAAAAAGAGUUAAAUAUUUCAGAGAAACCAGUAGGAGCGCUAAAACCCGAUGAGGAAGAUAGGUUGUGUAGGAAGAGGACUGAUUUGAAAAGUAUAAUCAUUGAUGAUGAUUCUCUGAAGAAAAAAAAGGUUGAGAAAGAUGAUGUAAAUUCAGUUGUCAUCUCAGACCAACAAAAUAGUGUGCACAGGUCAGACAAUAUAUUUGGAAAAAGUGAUGAUUCUAAAAAAUUAGAGAGUAAUAUUAAUGAAGCGGGUAGUGAGAAAUUAGAUGAGGUGGCAGGGAGCAAAUGAUCCACUUUAAAAUAAGUUUAUUACUUUCUAGGAUUGCAGUUUGAGAUGCUCAGGUGUUUAUUUACUUUUUAUACACAGAAGUUUACUUCUCAUAAUCUUGUACAGAAUAGUAAGUUGUUAUGUUCAUUUCCAUGUUCAAUAUGUAUAUUUUUUAGUAGAUAAUAUUUCAUUGUAUUGAUAACAUAAAUGUUAUUCAUUUUCACUGUAUCAAUAAAUUCACAAAAUCUCAUUGCUUCGCAAUAAACCUAAACAUCUCAAACUGAGAGUACAACCAGAAUAACAGCAUUUUCAUAUAUUCAAAAAUUUCUAGGAUUGUAUCACUAAUGUCAUAAUAUGUUGAUGUUGUAUUUCUGAUUAUUAGGAAUUAUUUUUGAGUCAAUAGAGAAAUUCUUAAUGAAAAUUCGUACUUCAGACAUAUUUUUAUAGUAUUCGAAAAAAUGCUUGUGAUAAUCAGAAUUUUAUGGAAAAAAAAAUACAAAAGGAAAUGGUUAUAAUUCAGUUAAAAUUUAACUUAGAUUGAGAAAUAAUGUAAGAAGAUAUGAGACUAUUAUUUAAAAUGAUAUGGAAAGUUGAUUUUAUUACAUUAAUUGAAACUUUCCAAAUAAGGCAAGUAAUUAUCAAAAUGAUUUUUUUUACUAAAGAGUAAAAGCCGAAAUUGUGUUUAUUUUGAAAAUGUCUUCCAUUAUUUCAAUUAUCGAAAAUCUGAUUGAAAUUCUUGUUAUAAGAGAAAAGAAUUAUUAUUUUUUCUAUAUUUCCUCCGAUAUUAUGGAACUACUGUUGUAUUUGUGAUUUUUCUUGAACAAAAUCAAUUCUUUAUAUGAAAAGUGCCUGAAUUAUGUAUGAUAAUAUGUGAAUUGAAAUAUCGCAAAAUGAUUUGUUGAGAAAUCCAAAAGUAGAUGAUAUUUCCAACAAUGAAAGAAUUUUUCAUACUCUAAAAUGUUCAUGAAAUCAGUGAUGAGGUGAAACACAUUCAAAUUGCUCCAGAAAUAGUUAUGUUCUGAAGAAUCAAAGCUUACAAAAGUGAUUCAGACAACUAAGCUGUUCUGUACUUAUGGUUGAUUUACAAAUAUAAAUUAAUACCUACCUAGUUUCAAAAGAGUAUAAAGUUGAUAAAUCUUGAAUCUAGUCUUUAUAGAAUCAUCACUUGACCAGUAAUGAUUUUUAAUGUUGAAUCAUUCGAAGUUUUUAAAAACUGAUAUCAGAUUCUUAAUCUAACUCAGUAAAAAGAUGAAUUUUUCUUCUAUCUACGAUGUAGCAGCUGAAAAUGUGCCUUUCCUUUAUCAUUUUUGUAGAUAAGGUUUUUGAGACACUUGCUCAUGAAAUUUUUCACAUUCACUAUAUAAUGCUCUUGGAUAUUUUCUCUAUAUGAUACUAUUUUAGUUUAUAUUUUUCAUAAAGCCCAGCCAAACACAGCUAUGUAUAUUUUAUGUAAUAAUUCUCAAAAGAAUUGAUUGAAAUUAUUAUUUGAUGAACAAAACUGCAAUUCCAAUCCUUAUGGAUAACAAUGAUUUAAAAUGUAAAUAUCGUUACAGUUAAAACAGGAGAUAUAUCGACUAUCUUGUAAGAUGAAUUACAGGUUUAUUUAACCAUAGAAAAACAUAUUUUCAAAAGUGUAACAAUUCUUUUUUUUUUGUUAUUAUCUGGACAUAGUCUAUUUCAAAAAGUAAUUUGCAGACGUCAACCAUUCAAGGCAUUUCAUAAAGCUUUCAAAACUACAUUCAAACGGCUGUGAUUCCAUUUUAUCUCCAGUUCUCAUUAAUUAUUUCAAUUUUUCGCAAUUUUUUACAUGUAAUAUGAGUAGAAUACAAUGAUUGAAUCAGUUAAAAAAUUAGUACAUUGAAUGUGUAUUUUGAAUAAACUGAAUUGUAGCCCUAAUUUUCAUGAUAUUUAAGUUAUAAUAUGGAGAUUUUAUUGAUUGAUUGUAUAUUGUAUAUAGUUUCAGCACAGAUGAUUUAAUAAAAUAUUUAUAGUU